AUGGAUGUGCCUUCCCCGCGGACCCCAAGACAAGUGUGUUUCGCUGUUUUUCCAGAAACUGAACAAAGUCAGCGACGAGGGCUCUCAACACCAUGGCCUCAAGUGACAAACAUCAUUGGAACCGUCCUCGACCUCCAUGCCUUCCAAAGUACUGCUUCAUCACUAUGCUUCCUCGCCAUGGCCUCCAACCAGCACUACAUCCCUGGUCAGUGUCCGCCCGAUUUGCAAUCCAGGUCGACUCGGUGCGCGUCUCGAUCCUUCCUUGAGGCUCCCACUACAUUGCAAGCCCAGCUGGCAAUUAAGAAGGAUCUUGGGCUCUCUCGAGUCUGCAUGCGGCAAGCACAUGUGUCUCAUCGCCCAUGA